AACUCUUCUUUCCAUAACUACCCUCUUAUCCAUACACUACUGAAAGAACUCUCAGCAUCUAUCAUGGCGUCUGCUAAUGCAAUCUAUACAGCUUCAAUACUUUCCACCCAUAAGAAGGGGAGUGUGAUAAAUGGUAGUAGGAGGAUUAAUCAAUUGCAGACCGUUCAGAAGAUGAGGCAAACGAAUCGCCGGUUUGCGGUUCGAGCUGCGGCUAAAGACAUUGAAUUUGAUCAGAAAUCGAGGGCAGCUAUGCAGGCCGGAAUUGAUAAACUUGCCGACGUUGUUGGCCUUACACUUGGACCUAGAGGGAGGAAUGUUGUCUUGGAUGAAUUUGGCGCCCCCAAGGUGGUUAAUGAUGGAGUUACAAUUGCCAGAGCUAUUGAGCUACCUGAUGCCAUGGAAAAUGCUGGCGCUGCUCUUAUCAGAGAGGUUGCAAGCAAAACCAAUGACUCAGCCGGUGAUGGUACAACAACAGCGUCAGUUCUUGCCCGUGAGAUUAUCAAACUUGGUCUCCUGAGUGUCACAUCUGGUGCCAACCCAGUUUCAUUGAAGAAAGGUAUUGACAAGACGGUACUGGGUUUGAUUGAGGAGCUGGAGAAGAAAGCUAGACCGGUGAAAGGCCGUGAUGAUAUUAAAGCCAUUGCUUCAAUCUCUGCUGGAAACGAUGACAUCAUUGGAAGCAUGAUUGCUGAUGCUAUUGACAAGGUUGGACCAGAUGGUGUUCUGUCAAUUGAGUCAUCAUCCUCUUUUGAGACAACUGUUGAUGUUGAAGAAGGAAUGGAGAUCGAUAGAGGAUAUAUUUCUCCUCAGUUUGUUACCAACCCUGAGAAACUACUGGUCGAAUUUGAGAAUGCUAGAGUGCUGAUUACAGAUCAGAAGAUAGCUUCGAUAAAGGAGAUUAUUCCUUUAUUGGAAAAAACCACUCAAUUGCGAGCUCCUUUGUUGAUUAUCGCUGAGGAUGUUACCGGUGAGGCUUUGGCUACUCUUGUUGUGAACAAGCUGCGAGGUAUCCUUAAUGUCGCUGCUAUUAAAGCACCUGGUUUUGGUGAGAGGAGAAAGGCUUUACUUCAAGAUAUUGCCAUCAUGACAGGAGCCGAGUAUCAAGCCAGUGACUUGGGUCUGCUUGUUGAAAAUGCCUCUGUCGAGCAGCUUGGUAUAGCCAGGAAGAUUACAAUCACCAAGGACUCCACAACCAUCAUCGCGGAUGCUGCAUCAAAGGACGAGAUACAAUCUAGGAUCGCCCAGAUCAAAAAGGAGUUGUCGGAAACAGAUUCUGUGUACGACUCCGAGAAACUUGCUGAAAGAAUCGCAAAGUUAUCUGGUGGGGUCGCUGUUAUAAAAGUCGGUGCUGCAACCGAAACCGAGCUAGAGGACCGCAAGCUUCGUAUCGAAGAUGCUAAAAAUGCAACCUUUGCUGCUAUAGAGGAAGGUAUUGUACCUGGAGGUGGUGCUGCAUAUGUUCAUCUAUCAACAUUGGUUCCAGCCAUCAAGGAGAAGAUCGUGGAUGCCGAUGAACGAUUAGGUGCCGACAUCAUUCAAAAGGCAUUGGUGUCACCGGCAUCUCUAAUAGCCCAAAACGCGGGAGUUGAAGGGGAAGUGGUGGUGGAGAAGAUAAAGGAGAGCGAAUGGGAGAUGGGGUACAAUGCAAUGACGGACAAGUACGAGAACUUGGUGGAAGCGGGAGUUAUCGAUCCAGCAAAGGUAACUAGAUGUGCGUUGCAAAAUGCGGCUUCGGUUGCGGGUAUGGUUCUAACGACACAAGCGAUUGUUGUCGAAAAGGCCAAGCCAAAGACAUCAGUGGCUAGUGCACCCCAAGGUAUGACUGUAUAAUUAAUUAAUAGGGGCUUAUUAGAAGGUGAUAUUGGACCAAAUAAGGUCCACUUUUGUACCAAUUCGAGAUGGAACUUUAUCACGGCCAAAUGUCAAAAAAUUUGAAGAAAUUUAUAUAAUUCAGUAAUUUACGUA